AUGUUUCUUUGGAAAAACGAGCCAUGGUAUAGGCAACAAGUACUGUUGCUUGUACCUUUUGUUUUGGAAGAUGAAUUGAAAGUAGAAGGUGAUAACUGGAAAACUGUUUAUGAUAGACAAAAUGUAGCUCACAUUAAGAAGACAUGGUGUUUUAAUAACGUUAAUGUUGAACCUGGAGAAGCAGAAGAAAUUGAAAUGUUGUGUGAAAAUGAUGAAAGAAAUGGAGAUUGGAUGAUUGCAUCUCGCCUAUGUGCUAGUUCUAUGGUUCAACCAGUUGAACUGGGAUCUAAGAAAGUGGAUGUGAAUCAUGAUUGGCAUAGUAGUGCUUCAAAAUAUGAGUCAUUUGGUAAUUUUAAUUUUUUCAAGAACUUCAUUGAAAAUGAAAAAAAGAAAGAUGAUGUUGGUCCUGUUGUCAAUGACAUGCCAGAUGUAAUUUUCUCUGCCGAACAAAAUGUAAAAAUGUUUCUGGGAGAACAAAUUAAAGCUAUAAAUAAUUGUAAUGAACAGACAGGUCUUCAUAGAAGAGUGUUGGUGCAAGGCAAAGCUGGCACUGGUAAAAGUUUAUUGAGAAAGUUUUUAGUAAACAUAUUACAGAAAGAGUUUGGACAGGAUUACAAGUAAGUAAACUAAACCUUUUUAAAAUCUUUAUUCUAUCAUGGUUCACUAUAAGUAUUUUA